CAGAAGCCGUCCGCACAGAAAGGAAAAAACAAGGAAGGACUCAGGUGUGUAACUUUUUUGUUUUUAUGUGAAUCAGAAAGGAGCAAAAAGGAAGGUGAACAGAAGACAGUUUUACUGGACAGUUUUAAAGAUGGAUGUUCAAGAGAACUCCCCAGGAGUUAUGGGGUUGCUAAAAACAUUUGACUCGUCAGAGUUUGGGAGUUGGGAAAAGAUAGGCUCCGGCGGAUUUGGGCAAGUGUACAAAGUACGGCAUGUACAGUGGAAAACAUGGUUGGCUAUUAAGUGCCCUCCCAGCCUUCAUGUGGAUGACAAGGAGCGCAGCGAGCUCCUUGAGGAGGCCAAUAAGAUGGAGGCGGCAAAGUUCCGGUACAUCCUCCCUGUGUAUGGGAUUUGCAGUGACCCACUGGGGCUGGUGAUGGAGUACAUGGAGACAGGUUCCCUAGAGAUGCUCCUGGCCUCUGAGCCGUUGCCAUGGGAACUGCGCUUCCGCAUCAUCCACGAGACGGCAGUUGGCAUGAACUUCCUGCACUGCAUGAACCCACCUCUGCUCCACCUGGACCUGAAACCAGCCAACAUACUGCUGGACGCCCACUACCAUGUCAAAAUCUCAGACUUUGGCCUGGCCAGGUGGAACGGCUUUGCCAGGAACGAUGACAUGAGCCGCGAUGGCUUCUGUGGCACCAUUGCCUACCUCCCUCCCGAGAGGAUCAUAGAGAAGGACAGGGUCUCUGACACCAAGCACGAUGUAUACAGCUUUUCGAUCGUUAUCUGGGGGAUUCUCACACAAAAGAAACCAUAUCAAGGGGAGAACAACAUUCUGCACAUCAUGGUGAAAGUGGUGAAGGGGGUGCGCCCGGAGCUGAGCGCCGUGCCCCGCAGUCGACCCCAGGCGUGCUCAGGCUUCCUUGGCCUGAUGCAGAAAUGCUGGAGCCCCUCUCCAGAGGCCAGGCCCAGCUUCCAGGAGAUUACAUCCGAGGCUGAGGAACUGUGUUCCAAACCCCACGAUGAGUCCAGAGUGUCAGUGUCUGACUCAGACUGCUCCCCCUGCCUGGCUCCACUGCGUUCCGAACAGACCAAGGAGCAAAAGGCGGUGCGGCCGAAGUCGGCCCUGCUGCCGGAGAAGGACUACACGCUUUCGGAGCUGCUGAGUCAGAUAGACUCGGGGCUCUCUCGCAGCUUUGACCACAUCAAAGAGGGCAGCCUGGAGAGCAAGGACAAUAACACCAAGAGGCUGUCGGGCAUCUCCUCAGUGGACUCGGCCUUCUCCUCCCAAGGCUCCAUCACCCUCUCGUUUGAAAAAGAGAACUCCACUAAUGAGUCAAGUGAACUGCAGAAGAAAAAACUGUGUGAAGCCAUCCGCACAGAGGACAUCGCUAAACUAAUGAAGAUACUUCAGCCACAGGACGUUGACCUGCUUCUGGAUGGGGGCAGUAGCCUGCUUCACUAUGCAGUAGGGCUGGCUAAUGAGGAAGCAGUCAAGUUCCUUCUGCUCAAUAACUGUAGCCCCAACCUGCCUGACUCACGUGGGACCACGCCCCUCCACCUGGCCACGGAGAAGCGCAUGAAGGGCGUGGUUGAGAUCCUGCUGAGCCGCAAGAUCACCAAUGUGAACGCGAAGGAUGAGGACCAGUACACGCCGCUCCACUUUGCCGCUCAGAAGGGUGACGAGGCGCUGACCCGCCUGCUCCUAGAUCGUUCCGCUUCCAUAAAUGAGGUGGACGCACAGGGGCGCACGCCCACACACGUGGCAUGCCAACACGGCCAGGAGAACGUGGUGCGCGUGCUUCUGAGCCGCGGCGCCGACGUGCACGUGCGUGGAAAGGACGACUGGACGGCGCUGCACCUGGCUGCUUGGAGCGGGCACCUGGGCAUCGUGAAGCUGCUGGUGAAACAGGCAGGCGCCGACGUGGACGGGCAAACGGCAGACGGACGCACGCCGCUGCACCUGGCUUCGCAGCGUGGGCAGUACCGAGUGGCUCGGAUCCUGGUGGAGCUGGGCGCCAACGUGAACCUGACGUCAGCUGGCCUGCACACGCCACUGCACGCCGCCGCUGACACAGGCCACACCAGCACAUCACGGCUGCUGCUCAAGCACGGCGCUGAUGCCGAGAGCCGCACAGCGCAGGGCUGCACACCGCUGCACCUGGCCGCCCGCCGUGGCCAUCUGGCCACCAUCAGGAUGCUCCUGGAGGAGGGUGCCGACCAGCGUAGCGCCGACUGUGCCCUGCGCACACCCUGCCACCUGGCAGCUGAGGGUGGCCACUGCGACGUCCUGAAGGAGUUCCUGCGGAGGUGGCCAGAGGUGGCUGGUGCACAGGAUGAGGGCGGCCUCACGCCGCUCCACCUGGCUGUACGUGGCGGAUACACGGAUGCCAUCUGCCUGCUGCUGAGCCGCAGCACCGACGGCCUGCCCCCCUCGCCAAUGAGCCCUGCCCCAGAGAUUCCAAGCCCCUCCUCUAUGCCCAUGAACCCCGCCCCAGAGCAUCCCAGACCCUCCCCGGUGCCCAUGAGCCCUGCACCUGGGGGGCCCCACAGGAAAGUGGUCAUACUGAAACUGACCGAGCAGGAGGGCAUCGAGCCAACGCAGGACACCACAAACUCGUUGUGCACGUCAUCUCCCUGCUGAGAAAAGUGACCUAGACUGCACUGUGAGUCUCUCAGUCCUGACAAUCUAUUUUCCCAAAAAUAUGCUGAAUUAUGGACUAUUACACACAUGGGCAAAAGAGGGAUUUGAUGGCCCAGCUCUGCUUUAUGUAUAUAUUGUAAUUAUUUGGUUGUGGCCAUAAGAAUAUAGUUACCUCUCAGAUGUUAUUACUUCUCUGGACUUUUCUCUGGGCUCUUAAAGACUUCUCCAGCAGUAAAAAUAUUUCUGAUUGGGAAAAGGAUAUUGUAAAUACUCAUAUUGUAUAUAGAAAUAGUAGAACAUUCAGUGAUUAUUGCUGUGCCCAUGUCAACAAGGACUCCCUAUUCAUUCUUUUGCUGAAUUUUAACCUUUUAUAUGUUUGUCAUUUUUAACAUUGUUACCUUUCUGCCAAGUCUUGUAUUGUUUAAUUGUCCACUAUUCCUGUGUUACUAAAUCAGACAUCCAAUUCAUGUAGCCUCCAGGCAAGCUUCCUUCAUUCUAAAGAAAAUAAUUUUCAAAGAUUUAAAAACAGAAGAAUGCCUGACAUAUGAAAAGACUUUUUUUUACUCAGUUAAGUUUAUCAGCGCCCGUAAGAUAUCACCUGAUAGCUGCUGACUUGGCCAUAAUGUACAUUACUCCAGAAACCAUGAGGUUAAUUAUACCGUUAGAAUAGCUUUGGUCCAUCAUGACAGACGGGAGCAUGUCUAGAGCUACUUGGCUCACGCUAUGGGAACCGAGCCUGAGGGAGCUCGCAGGUGGUGUGUGGUGGGGAGUACUGGGGGCUGCUCCACCCCCUGCUGAUACCCUCAUUUGGAGCCCGUUGGCCAAUUCCUCAGACCACCUUAUCUUUUCAUCAGUGUAAAACCACAGUGCCAUGUCUUGCUGACGCCACGGGAACUUGAGCUUUCGCAAUCUCCAAUUUGAGACGCUCAGAGUGGAACAUCCACCCUGCUAAUUGCUAGGUUUUUUACGUCUCCUGUUUGCAGAGAGCUACCAAAUAGACUGGCUAAUGCUGUGUGUGUGUGUGUGUGUGUGUGUGUGUGUGUGUGUGUGUGUGUGUGUGUGUGUGUGUGUGUGUGUGUGUGUGUGUGUUUAGUAAAAAUCUUAUGUGAGAGCAUAUAUUUUUGCUGCCACAUGUUCUGUCAUCAGUAGCCUUAUGUAGACAAUAGUCCUUUGCUAGCCAGCAGUCCUUACAUUGACAUUAAUUUGUAUUUAGGUCAUAAACAGAUUUUUUCAUCUUAUAUUUUUGUACACAUUUUCCCCAAUGUACCUAUAUUGUUUGCACAGUUUCACUUUUGUAUUUGAUGGAAAAUUAAAGUACAUCAUGUGUAA